CUCCCUCCAUGCGAAACUAAAAACCCUCAACGCUAAACCUCGUGCUGCUGCUGCGGAACAAACCAUGGCGUGCGUUGAACCUCCAAGGAAGAAGAAGAAAGGACGAUACGGCGUCGCAGAGCUGAAAACCCUAGGCAACCAGCUUCUCUCCUCCGCCUCGCACAUCAACAACCUCCCUCUCCUCCUCGGCUUCGUUUCCCCUUCUUCCCCUCCUCACCACGUCCUCGAGUCCCUCCUCUCGCUCCACUCCUUCUUCCUCCCUCUCCUCCCCAAGCUCCCUUCCUCCGCCGCGUCCGCCGCCGCUCCCUCCGGCGACGACCAAUCCGAGUUCAUCUACCUCGCUUGGCUCCGUUCCAAGUUCGACGAGUUCCUCAAGUCCCUCGUCGACGUUCUCGCCUCGCCGCAGUCCGAUGAAACGCUCAAGGAACUCGUCUUGGACACGCUCAUGGAGUUCGUCAAGGUUGCCAACGGCGGCGCCUUCCACUCUGCUUUGUACCACAAACUUCUCCACAGCAUUGUUCACUCCACUAGUUCCGCUACGUUUUUGGUGGAUUUACUGGAAUUGAAGUAUUUCAAGUAUAUUGAUGUUCGCUAUUUUACAUAUAUAAGUCUGAAAAAGCUUGCUAGUACUUUGGAGGGAAAAGAUGUCUCAGAUGAUAAAAUUGCAAGUGGAGACGGCACCAAUGAAAGUCAAUUGAGCUCAAAUGUGGAAUCUGUCAUCUACAAUAUUUAUUACACUAUAUCACACGUUCCCCCUCUUCAAGGCUCGGAUAAUACGUCUGAUUUUGAAAUGUGGAGCAGCUCAGAAAGUGACCGUACACAGCUUUCUACAGAUGUGGAUGCUGAUGAUAAGCCACUGAAGUCCCAAAAGCGUAGCAAAAAUGUAUUGUCUGCUGCCAAAAUUGCCAAGAAGAUGAAGUUAAAAUUUACUAAGGCAUGGAUUACAUAUCUUAGAUUGCCACUUCCACUUGAUGUUUACAAAGAGGUUCUUGUUAAUCUACACCAAACAGUUAUUCCUCAUCUAUCUAAUCCCAUCAUGUUAUGUGACUUCUUAACAAGAUCAUAUGAUGUUGGUGGUGUAGUCAGUGUGAUGUCUCUUAGCAGCCUUUUUGUCUUAAUGACCCAGUAUGGGCUGGAAUACCCAAAUUUCUAUGAAAAACUAUAUGCCCUCUUAGUUCCAUCUAUCUUCUUGGCAAAACAUCGAGCAAGGUUUUUCCAGCUUCUUGAUUCUUGUCUUAAGUCACCUCUUCUUCCAGCUUACCUGGCUGCUUCCUUUGCGAAGAAAUUGAGUAGGUUGUUGCUUUCAGUUCCUCCUUCAGGGGCAUUAGUUAUUACAGCUCUAAUUCACAAUAUUUUGCGUAGACAUCCUUCAAUCAACUGUUUGGUGCAUCGGGAAGAUGGUGUUGAUGAAGGGAAAGGUGAUAAUAGUGCAGAUGAAGUAAUGACUCCUAACUCGGAUAAUGCCAAUGCUGGUGCCGUUCCGUGCCAGAAAUCAGGCAUCGACCAUUUUAACAGUAGCGAAACUGAUCCUAAGAAGUCGGCUGCAAUGAGGAGUUCUCUUUGGGAAAUUGAUACUAUUCUUCACCAUUACUGUCCUCCUGUCUCACGGUUUGCUUUGUCUCUCGGGAAUGAUUUGACAGUCAGGGCCAAAACAAGUGAAGUUAAUGUUGGCGAUUUUAGUGCCGGUUCAUAUGCUACAAUCCUAGGAGCGGAGAUAUCACGGAGAGUAAAGCAGGUUCCCCUAGCAUUCUUCAAAGCAACUCCUUCCUCUUUGUUUUCAGAGACUGAUUUUGCUGGUUGGACUUUCAAAUGUGAAGAAACCCCCGAAAUGAUCAAUGACAAUAACGAGAAAAGUACUAAAGAUUUAUCGUAACGAGAAUGCCGUCCCGUAAAUGGCACUGAAUAGAGUGCUUGCGGUUCAUUUUUGUCCACCUCGGAAAUAUGUCUGCUUGUUUUGUGAAGAUAUGUCACUCGUUUGAUUUGUUUAUUUAUACUUGAGGAAGCAUAAAGGAAGAUGAGGGGCCGCCUGGCGACAUGUUAGGGUGCACUUGCGGCUCAUCAUUGGAGCAUAAACUUAACCGGAUAUUUAUUUAUUAAAUUGAGGUGAUAGAUGUAAUCUGAAGAUAAUUUUAGCAACAUUUUUUUAAUGCAGUAAAUUGAUUUGUUCCUCA